AUGGUGUGGAUUUUAGCGUUAGCGGGCGUACUUUCUUUUGCGGUACGGGUGACUAUUCGCGCUCGUCGUGGUGGGAUUCACUUAAGUGUGUUCGUCAUUCGGUCCUUUAUGGCCAUGAGAAUCGCAUCAGCUGUCUACGCACAAGUCCCGAUGGGACUGCAAUAUGUUCUGCCAGUUGGGAUUGCACUAUCAGGAUCUGGGCAUAAUCACCUUCGUGUAUCCUGCUUUAUUCGUCGCUCCCACUCUACCCAUUCACUGUUUUGUGUUUGUUGUCUACGUGAAUCUAAGUCAUGUAAAGAAAAGGAAGCUAUAAUACCCACUAAUUAUUUAUCUGGUCAUAAUUGGAAUGUAAUAAAUAUCUGA